CCAGACUGUGUUUCACACAUGGUUUCACACUCCAGUCCAUAGGUGGCGGUAAUGCACCCAGAGAAGAAGAAAGGACGUGACGUAGCUGUAGUUGAUGUGAAAUGGCGACUCUCGUGUGUUAAGCUUAUAUACUGUCUAUGGUGUUAAGUCAAAACCUAUGGUCAAAACAGGGACGAGCUCAAAUACAGAGCAAGACAUAUAGCUAGAAAACUAGUGAAAUAUCAACCUCUGUGUUAUUUGUUGGAAUUUACCAAGGUUCAGCCAUGACCGAGCAGGCGACUGACGUGGUCGCUGGCGUUGGCGUCAGCUCGGAGGGGAUCGUGGGCCUGGAUGAGCCCAAGAAGAUGACCAGGGAGGACUGGAGGAAGAAGAAGGAGCUGGAGGAGCAGAGGAAGCUGGGAAACGCUCCAGCUGAGGUGGACGAGGAGGGAAAGGACAUAAACCCUCACAUCCCACAGUAUAUUUCAUCGGUGCCAUGGUACAUCGACCCAUCCAAAAGGCCCACACUAAAGCAUCAGAGGCCACAGGAUGAAAUUGAGGCACAAUACUCAUCCAUUGGAGAGUGGUACAAGAGAGGCGUGCAAGAGGCUGCUGCCACUAAAUUUCGUAAGGGAGCUUGUGAAAAUUGUGGUGCCAUGACACACAAGAAGAAGGACUGCUUGGAGCGACCCAGAAAAGUUGGGGCGAAGUACACAGGCACCAGCAUAGCUCCAGAUGAACACAGCCAGUUACAGCUCGACUUGGACUAUGAUGGGAAGCGAGAUCGCUGGAACGGGUAUGACCCUGAGGAUCAUCAGCGCAUCGUGGAAGAGUACGCCAAAGUAGAUCUGGCCAAAAGGACACUGAAGGCACACAAGCUUCAGGAUGAGUUGGCCUCUGGAAAACUGGACCACGCUGAGCGGGAACACGACAGCGAGGAUGAGGAUGAGGAUAAAUAUGCAGACGACAUCGACAUGCCUGGUCAGAACUUUGACUCCAAGAGACGAAUCACUGUUAGAAAUCUGCGUAUCAGAGAAGACACAGCUAAAUACUUGAGGAAUUUGGAUCCAAAUUCAGCAUAUUAUGAUCCAAAAACUCGAGCAAUGAGAGAGAACCCCUACUCCAACACUGGCAUGAACCCCGACGAGGUUGGGUAUGCUGGAGACAACUUUGCUCGCUAUAGUGGGGCCACCGUCACCAUGGCUCAAACACAGUUGUUUGCCUGGGAGGCUUAUGAGAGAGGCUCUGAGGUGCAUCUGCAGGCCGACCCCACCAAGCUGGAGCUGCUCCACCGCUCCUUUAAGGUCAAGAAGGAGGACUUUAAAGAGAAACAGAGGGACAGCAUUCUAGAGAAGUAUGGUGGUGAAGAGCACUUGGAUGCACCGCCGCGGGAGCUGCUGUUGGCCCAGACGGAGGACUACGUGGAGUACUCUCGACACGGAGCUGUACUGAAGGGGCUUGAGAAGGCCGUGGCUCGCUCCAAGUAUGAGGAGGACGUGCUCAUCAACAACCACACUUGUAUUUGGGGCUCUUUCUGGAAGGAUGGCUCCUGGGGAUACAAGUGUUGUCACUCCAUGGUCAAACAGAGUUAUUGCACAGGAGAGACUGGAAUUGGAAUAAACUACACAGACUGUGUUCCAUUCGAAGAGGGACUGAUGGAGCCACCGGAGGAAGAAGAGCCCAAGUCCCUGCUAGAAAUGCAUCGAGAUAAAAUGAUGAAAGAGAAGAAGAAGAAAAAGAAGAGCAAGAAGAACAAGAAGCGCGGCUCUGACGGCAGCGAUUCAGAGGAUGAUGAGAAGAAGAAGAAAGAGAAGCUGAAGAAGGCACUAGAAGCAGAGGACAAGUGGGUGAAGCACAUUGAGACAAUAAUGCAGGUGGAUGAGAGGAAGAGGCCGUACAGCAGCUUGCAGGAAGUGAAGGCGCCCACUGAGGAGGAGAUGGAGGCCUUCCGGAUGAAACGCUGCCGGGAAGAUGAUCCCAUGGCUCCUUUCUUAGGACAGUGACAUGCUGACUCUCCUCAAAGACCUUUACCAGAGCUGCUGCUCGGUGGGGAAAAAAAACAUGCCUCAAUCUCCUAAAACUCAACUUUCCUCUUUUAAACUUACAGCAUGAGGCUUCUGUUUGGUUACGGAUGUGACCGAAACUGUGUACAGUGUUUUGUUAAUUUUAUUUUUGAAUACUUUUUGUUUUUGAUGCCACGGGUCGAUAGACCAUAGGACAAUGAUGAUGAUAUUUGCUUUUGUUUCUACUUCAACCUCAGUCUCAACAGUCAUUUGAGUAAGGUAACUGCUUUGAGUGGGAGCAUCAUUUUUAUAAUAAAUAUAUAUUCGCCAGAAUACUUUAUCUUGUGUAAAAGGUUCCAUUUUCUUUUUCUUUCAUUUUAUCAUAUUCACAUUGCAUUAACAUCAUUGUCAAUGUUAACUUAGACAUGAAAUUGCUCAUCUCUUCAAUGGUCAAUGAUAUACAGGGAAGUAUUGUAUGACAGAGUAACUGAAAGAAGAAACUGAAUAAUUUCUGUACAGAUUCUCUUGCUAUGACUUGCAAGGACUAGAGCUUGUUAGCAGCAGUGGAUCAAUGAAUGCAUUCUGUGUUUUUUAUAUUGCUGCAUAAAUUGCAUUGGAUGCAAAUCAA